GAUGAAAUUGCUACUACUUUGAGUCGUAAAUAUGGCUACCUACAGUUUGUUUAUUAAUUUGAGGAUACUUUCAAUGUCGAAAGUCCUAGCUCAGCUGUUAGCCAAGCUACCAAGCUGUGGCUUUCUGGCUGGGAUUGGACCCUCAAUCAGAUCUACACUAGGGUGUCUGGUCUACGUACCGCUCUCUCAGAUACCUGCACAAAGAGGAAUCUUCACAUCCUUCAGGCUAGCAGCACUAAUACCACUGGUUCCAGCCUCGAUUCCAAUAUUAACAUCAAGCUUCACGAUCAACACGAAGCCACUGCAUGGCUAAUACGACAUGUCUCUAGUCGGCGAAUUAGAGAUCGGGUGCCUCUGAACCCCUGUCGCCAUGAAUGAGUGGUCUGACCAUGCAUAAGAUGUUUGGUUCGUCUGUGAUAAUAUCAUGGUCACCUACUCUUACCCUUACUAAAUGUUUGUCAAAUCUAAGCCUUGUCCAUAGGACUUGCCUGCAAACUAUUUUGACACUCGGCCAGGCAUAAUUACCAGCCGCUUUCAGCACGAUGUGCUUAGAAGGUUACAAUCUUUAACCAUUCAAAUCCCUAUCAGAUCCCCCAUCAAUGGAAGCUACGACAAAGAGAAAGAGAACUACUGCCGACGUUAGAUGGAGAAUAUGAUUUUUUGCACAUAUUGCGGAAAGAGUUUUACUCGGAAGGAACAUUUAGAAAGACAUAUACCGAGCCACACAAACGUAAAGCCACAUAGGUGUAUGUUGUGUCAACUAUCUUUUCCCAGAAGAGAUCUUCUCCAAAGACAUCAUUCCACAUAUCAUGAAGCAAAAGAUCCAAUGGAGCCAUUACCAGGUGGUGUUCCAACGGUUAACGGUCGAACACCCAUUGCAUGCAUCAAUUGUGCUAGUGCAAAAACCGGUUGUGAUAAGAGGGUUCCUUGCUCAAGAUGUUCUGAGAAGAAUCUACCAUGCGCGAGCAGAUAUGCCCGACGUUCAUCAAAGGCUGCGAACCGGUCCUCAAGCUCGCACAAAAAGACACCGCCAACACAAGAGCCACCGCAUGACCCCAUGGAUCAGGACACAGCACCAAAAGAAAAAUUACCAGAAACCAAAGUCAGUCCCGCAGAGACACCCAUAGAUCCGCAAUUCAUGGUAGCAACACCAGAAAAAAAUAUGUAUCCUGACCAAGACUUGAGAUUUACUGUUGAUGGCUUUGGACCUUCCUCGGGCGAAAGCCUUGGGGGAAUGGAACACUCGAUGUUCGGCAACGCAGAUACAAUGAAUGGAAACGUCAAUUACCAAGACCUGAUGGCAUGGAGUCACUACCCCUUAGAUAUUGAAAUAUACUCGAUGGGAUCCGAACUAUCCAGCAGUUUAGUAACGCCUAAUUUUCUGGAACCGAGCGACACCUCUUCAAUUUCAGAGCCUAUGUUUACUGGGUCUUUGCAUCCAUCACCAUCGAUGUCACAUACUAAGAGCGCUAGCAUCUCUUCAGAUGCUAACCGUCCAGCCAAACUCGUCGAGAUCGCAGUUCCCAUUCUGACAGAUCAUAGCUCUGAUGACUUUGAGCUCCUGGUAGCGGCAGAAUCGGCAUGGCCUCUUGCACGAUGCAACCCGCGACUGAUUCCUGGGCCGUCAGCAAGAACAGCUAUAGCAUAUCUGGAAAACCUGGAGCAACACUCCAAGCAUGACUCCACAUGGGAUUCCUUAAACCAUGAUGUGGAACCAGCCGAGAUUCGAUUUGGAGAUGGAAUAUCCGUUAUGCCUGUGAGUGCAAGUACCAGAGAUAGGAUAAUGGCCAUCACCCAAAGCUUCCUUCAUACAGCUUUAGAAACGCAUCGAGGGGGGUUGAAAGGUUGGCCAAAAUCUUCAAACUAUACAAGUCCUGAUGCAGGAUUCAAUUUCCUUGUUCUACCCCCAUCAAGCGUCUUGGAAUAUUUUCUUCGAAGUCACGUUCGAAGCUUAGCUCCGUACUACACUCUCAUCAAUGGCGGUAACCUUGAUCCAAACGAAUUAAUGCUGAACAACCAAACUUCAACAUUGCUGUUGUUAUUAAUGAUAGCACAUGGUGCUGCAGCUCUUCCAACCGCUGAAGCUAGAUGUUUGACUGCGGGGCUUACAGAAGCUUGCCGCAUAUCGCUAUUUAAGGUGAUCGAAAAGAAUGUUGAUCUAUCAGCUGAUCCUGUGGUGUUCAAAUGCGCCCUGCUUUUCACGAUACUAGGUGCUUGGGGCGGAGAUGCUUCUCAUAUGAACCUAGCUAUGGCACAACGAGGGAUGUAUCUUGCAAUGCUAAAACAUGCUGGUAUGUUGGAGCCUCACAUACCAGCAGCACCCUCUUUCCAAGAAUCUUCGAAUCUAGAUGACCGUUGGAGAAUUUGGCUACAGAGAGAAAAGAAAAGCAGGCUGGUCUACAACUGGGUCAUGGUAGACCAGGAGCUGAGCCUAUUCCACGAUACCUCACCUAUUAUGUCAAUUACAGAGCUUGAGACUCCAAUACCUGGAAUGGAGUGCUUAUGGCUGGCUAAAGAUGCAAACGAUUGGGCGGCAAUUGUUCAGCAAACAUAUAUCGGCACUGAUUGGCUCCUGAAUCCGAAUUCUAUCGGUACACCACCUGUAGGACCUUCACUCUGUAGCCUCUUCCGAGACAUGCUGUCGGAUAAUAUCGAGCGUCGACACGGGCAGUUAUCCCCGCUACAGUUAAAACUGCUCCUUCACCCGAUUCACAGCUCUUUGUGUCAUCUGCAUCAGGCUUUAACUUUUCAUUCUGAAAUUUAUAGUACCCGGCAAGGAACUAGAAGCGUUACUAAAGCUUCCAACCUACUCCGUCUCCAGGAAGCUCAAUCAUUGCUCCAGAAAUGGUAUGAAUUGUGUGACUUCCAUGCUAGAAACGACCCAAACUGCCAAAUUACUCGAGCUAAUCUCGUUCUGUACCACCUCAUAAGUUUGAACGCGGUGACGUUCUUCCCAGAAAUUGAGCGGCUAGCACGAAAAGAAGACUUUGAUGGAACAAGCUUGGAACUCUCUCUCCGCCACAAAAGAUGCAUUUACAAUUCUGGAGAAGCUAUAUUCCAUUGUGGACAAGUCAUUCGUCUUGUGACUUCGAUGGCAAAAGAGGGGCGUCCACGUUGGUGGUCAGUGGCUAUCUAUCGUGCCACUAUGAUCUUAUGGCUUGAAAGUGUAUCACGCAUUGACACCUACACACAAAGAUUUGAUAAGGGCCCAAUAUUUCCGAUUGAUGCAGUGGCACCCGAUCAUCCCUCUGUCAAAUCUUAUUUGUGGAAUGGUGAGGGUAUUCCAGUACUCAGCAAGUCCGACGGGUACGUGGAACUUCAUAGGCCUAAUGAUGUUAUGAGCCAUUGUAUCUUGUUGCUCGAAGUUGGUGUUACACUACCAGUUUCAGACGGGAUAAGAAGGAAGUUAUUGGCAUUCUCGAGGAAUUGGAACAUGGAAAUCACAUUGCAGAACACAUAGAGCGUCGGAUAUGCAUUUCCUUAGGAGUUUCAGACAUGUACAUUUCGAGGGUUAGAGUUAUUCUGAAAUCAGUAUAAGGGAGCGUCUCACGUGCGACAUUACUUUACCAUGAUGUAUCUUAUUAUUGUAGUAUUCAUUUACAGACUCGCAUAGAUUGGAGAUUUAUUGGAUCUUUGAAUUUGAUUGAAUCACGGACACGCCUCCGAAUGCACUGUUCAUGAUUUCCAUUGUGUUUUGCCUUCCAGGAAGCAGUUUAUAUCACGGAAGACUUACCGAUGAAAGGCUGGGGCUAUAUUUAAAAAUACAUGCACCGACAGGUGGAAAUCAAGAUCUCGAUCA